CUGUUACUAAACGACGUUUCGGGUAAUAUCCCUUUUUAAAAAAAAGCCCCGAGGGCAGAGUUGAGUUGUGAAGCGACAUUCGACCACUCCCCUCUUGUCGUGCAACGCAAAGUGUAAUGUUUAAUCUUUAAACUCGCGGGUUCUACUUACUGUUGUUGUCAAACUUUGUCGACGACGUUUCGUGCGGCACUCGGGUGCAGUGUCGGGAAGUGGGAGGGGCGAAGCGGACCUUGCCCCGCCCCCUCCCCCGUUGUUGAGUUUCCCGCCAAAAUCGUUAAAAAAUUUGAGAGUUCAACACAGGGGGACGAGGGGGGCGGAAUGCCGGCGAAGCUCGGUAAGUGGCGAGGCCGUUGCGGCCCCUUCGCCGCACCGUCUCAGGACGGCGGUUGUGGCGUGUGGAUCGACACGGCCCAGCGCAGGAGGAAGAGGCCGCCGCCGCAGUGGCCGCUUGACCCACGUGCCGGCGAGCCGGUGCCGCGACCCGGGGCCCGGCAAACGCGGAUCUCGGCUUUCUUCAUCACCAGCAGCGGAGCGGGGGCCGGAGAACCGGAAAGCUGCCACGAGGAUGGAGAUGGCGUCUGGCGAGCACCGAGCUGUUCGUCUGCCGGACGAUGGAAUGACGGGAACAGCGAUGGUGGCGCAUCGGACAAAAUUGGCAGCGUGCGGGAGUUCGGCGGCCGUUCUUACUCCUCUUUCUCUAACGACCGCUCUCAGCGGCCGUUACCCGAUGAUGGUGACGGUGAUCAUGCCUGCCCUGUAGCGGAGUCUCGCUCAGAGUUUGGAAAUGCGAGUGACCCCGCUGCUGUUCCGGUGAGAACGGAAACGCACCGGCGAGAAGGCAACGCCACCGGCGAUGUAAACGGCUCAUCCAGUCGGCCCGGCAGCUUUGACGCCAGCGGUGUCGACAUGGAAGACAGCAACGGCUUCUCUCCGCUGAAAGCGAGAUCUGCGUCGCAUCCACACUUGUCAUCUGAGAAUUUCCAAAAACAGCGCAAGGUUGUUUCCCGUCCGUUUGGCCCGUGUAUGGCGCCGGACCGCCCGGACGUCACCGCCACCGAUGCCUUUAGCGAUUCGGAGAACACGUUUAGCGGCGACGGUGGGUCGGAUCGGACGGAGCCCGUGAGAGACGCGUCGUGGGAGGACUCGGAAUGUGGCUCAGCUGCGCUGUUCACGCAGGACACGCAGGGCGCUCGCGUGAUCGCGCACCGGAGGGUCCGACGCGGCCACGGAUCUCCGCAAACGUUCCGCUCUCGGGAGCGGGCGCGUGGGAGCGUCCUGGAAGUCCUGGACGAAAACGUCACGUCCGAUUGCGAUGUGGAGGAGAGUGAGAUGACGUCAAGUUGGCGGUCGAAGGACAAGAGGAGGAGAAUCGCCGAUCCGGAAUCGCAGUCUCAGUCUGGGGCUAUGUUCACGAUGGAUUCGCAGGGCAACAGAGUCAUACAUCACGGCUGUUUUGUGGAAUAUUAAGCAUGUGAUGACCUGUGGAAUGAGCGAUCAAAAUCGACGCAUGUAGAUUAAACAUGCGUUGAAGAAUUUGCGUAGGAAUUUAUUGCGAUUUAUGAAAACUAACGGCCUUUGACCAAAUUACCCAGCUAAGCAGGUUUGACCUUGGAUACUGCUUGAAUGAGGGAACACCAUGCAUACAAAAAAAUUGCUAUGGGCUGCUGGAGUUGGUUAAAAAUCAAAAUAUAGGACCACGGAUCUUGGGCAAUUAUCUGGCUGCCUUCCUACUUGUCUGGUUUCUUGCGACUCUGUGCACGUUACACAUUCUUCAACUUUACACGUUACAAAUUCUACACCUUCAACCUGCACUUCUCACCAGCAUGGUGAGGUAUAGCUAGAUGACCCCCCCACCCACCUCCCGCUGGGUGAGGGGAAGACCCUCGUACAAAAGUUGACGAACAAAAAUGGUCUUACCUAUAUACAUUGAGCCUUUCGUGAAAUUACAUACGCAAUCUUCAUUGUUUACU